AUGCCUUUUAAGACAGGCAUCAGCGUGUCUUUGGUACUGCUUGUUCUGUCGUGUAUUUCAGACAUAACGUGUAGUGCUGCGAACAAAGAGACGGAACUGUUGGAACAUCUCUUCACUGGUUACAACACACACGCGAGACCUGUAACAAACUCCAGUUCUCCUGUAGUCGUGGAUGUUUCAUUUUUCAUAUCGUCGUACGAAAUAGCAGAAGAAACCCAAGAACUAUUAACAAUAGGAUGGUUCUCGUUGACGUGGAAGAAUGAGUUGUUGGCAUGGAAUGUGAGUGAAUAUCCAGUUUCACAUAUUGUGGUGAGUCCCUCGAUGGUCUGGCUACCCUCCGUGACUGUCAUUAACUCGAAUGAUGAUAGAAAUUGUAUACUUAAGAGUAUAUCCAGCGUUCAGAUCUUUUCCGACGGGUUGAUGGCAUGGUGGCCAGACGCGGCCAUGAAGACUUCAUGCAUGAUAACCAUAAAGAAAUAUCCAUUCGACGAACAGAAAUGUACUAUUCACAUCAUAGCGUGGCUCAGAUCAGAGGCUGAGCAACAGUUUAUAUCAUCAGAAGACCAUAUAACGAUAACGUCCGAUGAAUUAAACACAGAAUGGGAAUAUCUCGGAUCAUCAAUACAAGUGGAGACAAAUGAGAAUGGACAAUUAUCUUCUGUGAAAUUUGAUUUAAAAGUUAAAAGGCGACCCUUUUAUCAGAUAGUCCACACACUUAUACCUAUCAUACUUUUGUCAUACAUGAACUGUUUCAUUUUCAUCAUUCCUAUCAAUUCAGGAGAGAACACUUCAUUUGGGGUCGCCAUAUUUCUGGCAUUUGCUGUAUUCAUUGGCCCAGUGAAGGAGUCCCUCCCUGUGACGUCAACUGAAACGUGUAUUUUGACAGUUUAUCUGAUCGUCCAAUUCUGUGUCGGGGGUCUGGAGACUUGUUUGUCAAACAUCACUCUACGUCUAGCGUCGAGAACAACACAAGUUCCUUUAAAUAGUUGGUGGAUUAAACUUGUUAAUAUAUCUUUCCUUAUAAAACAACAAAAAAGGAAAGUUUUCCCUGAACUGUCGCCAUCUGACACGCAGAUUAUUAUAGAAAAAUACACAAAGGAGAAUGGAAAAGGAGAUGAAAGUAAAGCCCAGGUUAUCGGUACCAUUGCACUGCCCAGUUCAGAUGUCGACAUAUCCGAAGACAUAAGUACCUUUGCUCGGCCGCUAAGAGAUGUUGAUUUAGAUUGGACAGCGGUAGCAUCCAAUCUGAACUUGUUGUUUUUCAUGUUAUUUGUUUUGAUAAACACAAUACUUCUCAUCAUAUUUCUUAUAAUUACCAUGUCGUAA